ACACACACACACACACACACACACACACACACUGAGAGAGAGUGGAGGGGUGAGAACUGCUGAAGGUGAAGGACUAGAGAAACAGGUGGAGAGAUGUCGGAUCUGCACGGAGUCCCAGAUCAGCAAGUCACUGGGAAGAGCCAAGGAGGAGCAGGAGCAGUUUACAAGGCCUCACUGUUUGAAUUCGAGAACUUCCGUGGAAAAAAGGUCGAGCUGUCAGCAGAAUGCAAGGACUUGACUGAGAAGAACUUGGAAAAAGUUGGAUCAAUCAUAGUUGAGUCUUGCCCAUGGGUCGCCUUUGAGCAGAAGGGCUUUCUGGGAGAGCAGUUUGUUUUGGAGAAGGGAGAAUAUCCUCGCUGGUCCACCUGGACCAACAGCCAGAGCAGCUCCCUCCUCCUGUCCAUGAGACCUCUGAGAGUGGACAGCGCCGACCACAAACUACAUCUGUUCGAGAACUGUAGCUUUGCCGGGAGAAAGAUGGAAAUCGUGGAUGAUGACAUUCCCAGCUUGUGGGUCCAUGGCUUCCAGGACCGAGUGGCCAGUGCCAAAGCUGUCAACGGAACGUGGGUGGGCUACAUGUACCCAGGCUACCGCGGGCGUCAGUUCGUGUUUGAACACGGCGAAUACAAACACUGGAACGACUGGGGAGCAACAGAACCACAGCUGCAGUCCAUUCGGCGUGUGCGGGACAUGCAGUGGCACAAACGGGGCUGUUUCACCGCCCCCGACCCGGCUCCCAAACCCAAUCCAGCCCCCGUCCCUGCUCCCGCUCCUGUUCCCGCUGCCCCAUCCGCCACGGCUGCCAGCAGCUGAAGGAGAACAGCCAGACCCUGCCGGUGACCUCUGCCCUGCGCCUGCUCAGAGCAACACGAAGAAACCUCGAAAGCAAAAGUGACUGUCUUGCCUCUUGUGUGUCUAUCAUUGGAAAUAAAGGCCUCUGCCCCAUGCCUUGAUCUC